ACAUUUCAGCUCAAUUUGAUUGAUAGCAAUGGACAGAUUGACCAAAAUGAGAACUGCCAGUCCAGAUUCAGGCAGGGAGCAUUUGAUCAACUAUAGGAACUCUGAGGAGAUGACGGAACAAAGCCAGAUAAAAAAGAAAAGCUGGAGGCCGAGAAUAUUCUUCAGCACUUCACCUUUAAAGGAAUCACAGAACACCACGCCACAGAAAAAAUCACACUUGCCAACUACUGAAGAAGUGAGUCAGUGGGCACAGUCUCUGGACAAUCUACUAAGCAGCAAAUGUGGACUGAACUUUUUCCGUCUCUUCAUAAAGUCUGAGCUCUGCGAGGAGAAUCUUGACUUCUGGUUGGCCUGUGAGGAGUUCAGAAAGAUCCGCUCGCGAUCAAAACUCAAAUCCAAGGCAAAAUCAAUAUACAACGAAUUCAUCAAACCAGACUCUCCAAAAGAGAUCAACCUGGACUAUAACACGAAAGAGAUGCUGCAGCAGAGCUUCCUCAUCCCAACACCGUGUACUUUCAAAGUGGCACAACACCGAGUUUUAUACCUGAUGGAGCACAACUCCUACCCUCGCUUUCUGGAGUCAGAGCUUUACCAGAAGCUGUGCAGAUUGGCAGAGGGAAAACAAUAACGCUCGCUGUGUUUGAAAGAAUGGCUGGUCCGUUUCAGAACAUCUACUGUCUGCUUUAUGAUUGUAUUUAAGUUCUGCAUAUUUAUUUGCACAGACCUGUAAAUAGUGAUGCCGUAGAGAUGAACAUUGGGUAUUUUUAUUGAGCAGUCACAUGAAAAAGCUGUAAUUAUUUUGGGAUGUAUAUAUUUUUUCUACAACUUUGCUUUUUAGAGUACUUUUGUAUGAAAUUUAUCUUGUUGUUUUACACUAUUUCUUUUUCUGGAUGUCAUGAGGUGGGCGUUUUUUUUUAAACACUUAAGUCACAUGUAUAUAUUAUUUAAAAUAAAUGUGUGUGUAUUUAUAUUUGAAAUGUCAUUUUUGUAUAUAUUGUAUGAUGUUGUUUACAUUUUGUCACAAAACACUAAAUAUGAAGAUAAUAAAUUUGUAUUAAAAGAA